AUGCAAGACGAUAGAGAAAGAUCAAGAGGCCAUGGCUGUGGCGGCUGCAACGGUGGUGGAGGGGGAUCUAGUAAGGAUAAAAUUGAUGCUCUUGGCAGACUACUGACGCAGACUUUGCGUCAUAUGGCUUCAGAGUUGAACUUGAAUAUGAGAAGUGAUGGAUUUGUCAAAGUUGAGGAUUUACUAAAACUGAAUAUGAAAACAUAUGUUAAUGUUCCAUUAAGAUCACAUACUAUGGAUGAUGUUAAAGAGUCUGUUAGAAAAGAUAAUAAGCAGCGAUUCAGCCUCCUGGAAGAAGGCGGGGAGCUUCUGAUACGUGCUAACCAAGGCCACACAAUAAAGACAGUUGAAUCUGGAAGUCUGCUAGAACCAAUCCUUUCACCUGAGGAAAUUACAGUGAGCGUACAUGGAACCUAUAAGAAGAAUCUGGACUCAAUAUUGGAAUCUGGUUUAAAGCGCAUGAAGAGAUUGCAUGUUCACUUCUCAUGUGGUUUGCCAACAGAUGGUGAAGUGAUUAGUGGUAUGAGACGAGAUGUUAACUGUUUGAUAUUUCUUGAUGUCAGAAAAGCUCUGGAAGUUCUAGAAUUGCAUCAGAACCCAGUUGUGGAAGGCCCGCCGAUGAAAAAGAAUACGAAAUCCGAUAAUUUAAUUCUGGGGUCUGCUGCCGGUCAAGGCUUGCCUAAUCACUUGCAAUGCCAAGGCACGAAAGGGCUGAACAAGACACAUUUGCCGAGCUCUUCCAGUGCUGGAGAAAGCAUUGCCUUUGUCACUGUCUUCACUGUUUAUAACACUUCAUUAGCUACUGACUCUAGAUUAUCAAAUUUGGUCACUGUUGGGAAUGCUUCCUACGCUAAAACAGAGAGUUCAAUGGCUGUUUUGAAUGUCUUCAUUAACUCCAUCCAGUUCUAG